UAUCGAGAGAGAUUGACCAUGGUUCUUUUAGUUAAUUAAGUUCGAGUUUAUUUGGAAGGACUUGAAAGAAAAAAAUGAUUUGGAGAAAUAUUGUUCCCGAUCCGGAAAAGAAAGGCGGGUUUAAGAUAAUUCGGUGGAAUUAAUUUUCAAACGCGCGCGAAUUAAUCCAUCCCAAUCUGUUAUUGCUCCAUCCGAGUUAACCUUGAUCUUCAUUUAUUGUGAAGACGACUUAAGGUACAGCACACAAGCGACAUUUGACGUUUUUGCAGUGGAGCCCGUUAAUGAACUAUUUUCGUAGUUUAACCUUUUGCCGAAAGUAUUUUUAAUUUGUUUUGUCUAGGCCUGAGGUGUUCAAAAUAAUAAUUCAAAAUGUUUUUCUUAAGAAAGCUGACGGGAUCGUCAAGAAUUGUUGAAAAUGGGAUUAAAAUAAUAAUUUACAACUCCCAAUUUGGAACAACCUCUAGUUCCAUAAAAAUAAAGCAAAAAAUAGGCUUUAUUGGUGAUGGAGCAAUGGCUAAAGCAAUCUGCAAAAGCAUUAAAGGGAAAGGUCUAAUAAAUUACUCCCAGGUUUAUGUAUCCAGUCCGUACAUAAGAAAUUUGGAUUCAUGGAAGGAGCUUGGUGCCAACGUGACUACGGAUAAUGCCGUGGUAGUUAAUGAAAGUGACAUAAUAUUCUUGGCGGUAAAACCCCAUAUCCUUAAAGACGCCAUUGCCCAAGUUGCUAACAGCGAACUGGCCCUCCGGAUAAAACAUAAAUUGUUUAUAUCGAUACUGGCCGGUAUUACGAUCAAAGAUUUGGAGGAGAUGCUGUUUCAAUUUGAAGGCAGCAGGGUAAUUAGAGUAAUGCCAAACACGCCAAUGAUGAUCGGGCAGGGGUGUACGGUUUAUUGUCCUGGGACGACAGUAACAGAGAAAGAUUUGAAAGUAGUUCAAACGAUGUUAGAAGUAACUGGCAUGUGCGAAAUGUUACCAGAACGCAUGAUUAACGCAGUAGGAGCUGUAUCUUCAAGUGGACCGGCUUUUGUUUAUCUAUUUGUUGAAGCGCUUUCCGAUGGCGGAGUCCGUAUGGGCUUGCAUAGGGAAAUGGCAACAAGAUACGCUGCGCAGACAGUAAUGGGAGCCGCCAAAAUGGUACUCGAAACUCACAAACACAUGGGAACAUUAAAAGAUGAAGUGUGUUCAGCCGGAGGUCAAACAAUAGCCGGGAUUCAUGCUCUGGAACGAGGUGGAGUGAGAGGAGCUGUUAUGGAUGCAAUUGAAGCAACGGCAUUAAAAGCUGCAGAGUUGGGCAACCAAAAAAAAUAGAUGUAUCACAACUAAAUUUAAUAUUGAGGAAGCAAUAUACAAUUGCAUAACACUACUAUAAGUUAC